GCAAAGUGGGAGAAAUGGUGGGGAAGAGGCAUCAUGGGAGCUCAAACAUGGCGGUUUUGCUGCAGAGCCAGGGGAUGUACAAAGAGUUCUCUGGGCCUCUGUUUGCUCCGGGAACGCCUUCAGGCGGCUCUCUUGGCUCAUGGUCUCUUGCAGAUCUCAAAGAUGGUCAUGGGAACAGCCUCGAGAGACCCUUGUUUAGGCCAGUCGAGUUGGAUGAAAUCGGCGAUGAUGACUCAGGUGAGUAUCCUCAUCAGCCAGACAAGAAGAGGCGGCUAACUACAUGUCAAGUUCAAUUCCUUGAGAAGAGCUUUGAGUUGGAAAACAAGCUUGAGCCUGAGAGGAAGCUUCAGAUUGCAAAGGUUCUCGGACUAAAGCCCAGGCAGAUUGCUGUGUGGUUUCAGAACCGCCGUGCAAGAUGGAAGACGAAGCAGAUAGAAAAGGAUUAUGAGUCCCUGAAAUCAAGUUAUGAUGCUCUCAAGAUGGAUCAUGAUAGCCUUGUGAAGGAAAAGGAAGACCUAAAGGCUGAGGUUCUUUCUCUCACAAAAAGACUUCUGAAGGAGGAGAAUGGCAGCUUGGAAUCAUUUGAGCCAAAAAGAUUACCUGAUAAUUUGCAGAAUUUAGAUUCCACUUUGGCCUUUGAGGUGAAGAAAUUGCAUGGCCAGACCAUGCUAUGCAAGCAAGAAGACAUUAGCUCUGCCAAUAGCGCCAUAUUAGAUUCAGAGAGCCCCCAUCACGCUCAUGAAGGUGAUUGCUCCAUGCUCAUGGAGCUCAACAGUUACUCAAAUGCUUUCAGACUCCAUCAUUCUGACCACUCACAGAUUGGUGAUGUUGACGAUGUUAAACACUGCAACUUCUUGAGCCCCGAGGAUACUUCAUGUGGUUCCGAGUUCCAUGUGGCAGAGCAAGUCUUCUGGCUUUGGCCUUAGUAACAACUCCUGUAAAAAUAAUUAAUAAUUUAGUGGCACACACAUAUAGUAAAUAAAGCUAAAUCCUAGGUGUGUUGUUGUGUUGUAUUCGGUCCUUUGAUGUGAGCAUGUAUAAUCUCUUGUUUUCAUUUUGAUCCAAAACUUUCAUGCCAAGGAUGAUGUAGAUAUACACUGGUACUCUAUCAAUGUCUUGUAAAAGAUGGAGUUGUCCUAUUUGCCACAAAACCCUUGACGGUUUUCAUA